AUGACCGAAAUGGACGAUGACUUUAGCGACGACUCAAUUGAUCCACAGAUUGAAUACGAUUUGAUUGUCAGUCAAAGCAAUAGUCAAUCAUUUGAUUUGCUGAUUGACACACAAAGUGGUGACAAAUCAGCUCUUAUGAGUGACACGGAACAGAUGGAUGUGACCACUAAUAACAAUUGUGUCAAUGAUAACGAAGUGAUAACAACUGAAAAUGACAUUUUGAUGACAUCGAAGCAACAGAAAGAUAAACCAAAGAUUAAGAAGUUUAUCACUAAAUUUAAAAGUCAAGACUUGAAAGACAAACUUAAGAAUGUGAACGAAGAGAGUGUCAAUAAUGUCAACCAUAUCUGUGAUAAAGAUAAUCAAACAAAUGACGGACAAAAGUCAUCAUCAAUUGAUGACAAUGAAGACGACAACAAUAAGUGUGAAACUAAAGUCAAGAAUAUAAAGAAAAUCGUUAAAAGUAACGACAAAAAUAUAAUUAAAGACAAGAUUUCGGCGAAGAAGAUGAAGAAGAAAAAUAAAGUUAAAAAUAUUAUAAAAGAAGGAAAUGUUGUCAACAAUGUGAUCGACAAUCAUAAGAGCGACUGUGAAGAGAAUGACAAUAAAAAGAAGAAAAAGAAAAUUAAAAACAUUAAAGAAGAAGAAGAAGGGACUGAUGAGAACAAUGUUAUCGACGAUCAUAAGAGUGACAAUAAGAGAUUGAAAAUGAAGAAAAAGAAAUCAAAGAAAGCAAAUUUAAGCGACAAAUUGUAUUCAACGAAGAAGAAGUUUAUUGGAAUCAGUGAUGAAUUGUUGCAACAGAUGUUUGGCUCAAUUGGUGACCAGACAGACACUGAUGACAAUAAUUGGCAACACAUGUAUGUCAACCAAUGUAAACAUUGGUUCCACAGACAGACAAGACAAAUGGCAACUAAUAUCUAUUAA